AUGAAAGAUUACAGAUUGGUAAACUACAAAUCCCAAGCUUUAAGCGUUCAGUUAUCAAUGGAUAUGCGUAGCUACGAGCUACGUGUUGUGAAUGUAAUGGAAUUAAAGUGGAAAAAAAAGUUUUCGAGGAUGAACAACAUGCUAUCUCAAUGGUUUAGGUAUUCGAAUUAUCCACGUAGUUUUGUUUCAACAUCAGCAGAAAGAAAAUGA